GACGUCACAGACGAUUAAGGUUUCUUAUUGGUCCCAAAUUCCCAGAGCCUGAGCUAAUUAUUGGGAGCUUGAUGUUGAUAAAGUAAAGGCUCAUCCUGUGCUGGUAGCAUGUCCCCUCCUCACUGGCCACAGCCACUGCAUGCUCACUGAGGUCCCAGCAGCAGCAGCAGCAGCCCUUCAGCUGUGGCAGCUCUAUCCAGGGAGAUGAUGGACAGUAGGAUUCUAGAGCAUCCUCAUGCCCAGUUUGGGGGCUCCAUGAGUGGGAUGGUAGGCUUCCCUUACCCCCUCGGCCAUCACCAUGUGUAUGAGUUAGCCAGCCACCAGCUGCAGUCUGCAGCCGCUGUUCCCUUCUCCAUAGACGGAUUACUCAACGGGUCUUGUUCUGCCUCUGUUGUCAAUCCGAGCCCUCUGAUCCCCUCUGGAUGUGUGAUGAAUGGAGACAAUCAGCAUUACAAGUUAUCAGACGGUGACCCAGACAAGGAGAGCCCUGGGUGCAAGAGGAGGAGAACCAGAACCAAUUUUACAGGGUGGCAGCUGGAAGAGUUGGAGAAAGCCUUCAAUGAGAGUCACUAUCCGGAUGUGUUCAUGAGAGAAGCCCUGGCACUGAGGCUGGACCUGGUAGAAUCUAGAGUGCAGGUUUGGUUCCAAAAUCGCAGAGCAAAGUGGAGAAAGAAAGAGAACACGAAGAAGGGGCCUGGGCGGCCGGCCCACAAUUCCCACCCCACCACCUGCAGUGGGGAGCCCAUGGACCCCGAGGAGAUCGCCAGGAAGGAGCUGGAGAAAAUGGAGAAGAAGAAGAGAAAGCAGGAGAAGAAGAUGCUGAGGAACCAGUCUCGCCACCAGCACUCCCCUUCCUCCAUGUCCAUGCACACCCCAAGCUCUGACAGUGACAGUGGCCUCUCCCAGACCCACGACUCCAACUCCAUGGAGCCUAGCCACCUAGACCUGGGACAAAGCAGGAACCAAACGCAGCCCAGCUGCGAGCCAACAGGGCAAGCCUUUUUCCAAAGCCAAAGAACCACAGCCACAGGACAAAAAGACAGGGUCAGUGAGAAGGACUCAGCCACAGAGGCCAUCCACAACUCAGGCUUGUGCCCCAGUGGCAGGGGCUCAGCCUUUCAGAAACUCAACCCCUUCAGCGUGGAAAGUUUACUGUCAGACUCACCACCCAAAAGGAAAGCAGGGGUUGAUUUUUCCGGGAUAUCAAACCCUCGGACCUUGAUUGGGAAGGGACACUUUCUACUAUACCCCAUCACUCAGCCCCUUGGGUUCAUUGUACCACAAACUUCCAUCAAAGCAAACUCAUCCCAAGACACCCAAAACUCUGCUGUAAAAGACUCCAAUCACAGUAAUAACUUGGGUUCCCCCAAUCAGGGCACUUCCCCGAAGCAGACCCAACUUUAUCCCGGGAAAAACACAAACUUUGCCCAAUCCAACGUUCCCAUAUGCAAGACGGAAAAUAAUGGCAACCUAGGGGCCACUUCUAGCCAUGCCCAGGCUGGCUCAGGAGAUGCAGAGGCUGGCCAGCAGGAUAGCACUUUUUCUGAGCCAAAGUCCCCUAUGUCCCCGACAGUUGACACAAAACCCAGAGAAACAUCAGACUGUUCAGACCCUGUGCCCCUUUUCUGCGCCCCCAAAUCCAGCAUAGACUGUGAAGACGUAGAUAUGGAUUAACUCCUUUUAAAACAAACCCUCGCGGACUCUACAGACUUCUUACAUUCCCAAAGCUACUAGACCUUCAACAACAACAAAAAUAGAACAAAGCUAAUGUCAAUGGCUCUAUCUUUAGCCUGUAGAACAAAUAUUUAAUAAUCAGGUGCAAUUAUCUUAGCAAGAGCAGCAGAACGAUUUAUUUAGCAGUUCAAUUUUACAUGAGCAAGCUGUAAAAACAUACAAAAAAGACAACAAUAAACCCAAAUCAGACAUCAAAAGCAACGAAAAUCCUCACUCUUGUAAAAU